AUGUCUUCCUCGUCUUCACUCACUCACUCAACAAUCUCUGGAGCUGAUAACCGCGGCUCUGGAGGGUCGAGUGGGGGUCAAGCUAGCAGCAACGGCUUUGGGGGAACUGCAGAAACCCCAUCCCCUUCUGGUACUAGGCAGGCCGCUAGCCAUGAUUUUGAGUCUCGCCGGUCUUCGCCCACGCCUAGCCAUUUUGGUACUAGCCAGUCCAAUGUCUCUGGCUCUCACCAAACCUCCCUGCACCCUGUUUCCCCGCGAGCCCAUACCGGGGAAGGUCGUCAGCAAUCAUCUUUGGAGGAUUUCUGGUCUAGAGAUGAUGAUCCCCGCCCUCUUGCUGCUCGCAAGUUGCUCAGGACCCCGGAUGAUGAAUGGAUCCGGUUUGUGAACGCGGCUGCUCGCAAUUCCGGAUACACUGUUCCACAACUGUCCAUGGCAAGCACUUUGGCAAAGAAGAACAAAACCUGGAAAGAAUCUCGCAACGCCGUCCUCAAGAUCAAUGUAGAUCCUGAUACCAGUCACAUGUUGAGCUCAGAGGCCAUCCUUACCAAGUGUGCAAAUCUUGGCCCCCCUUUCGACGCUAUCAAAGCUGUGCAGUUCCCUCCACUGGAGACGGAUCGGGUCCUGUUGAUCCACCCAGGAUGCGCAGUGUACCCUGAGGAAUUCCACAUCAGCCCUGCAAACAUCACUCGCACCGAGGUUGACAAAAUGAAGACUUCCAAAAACAAGGCUUAUAGAGACAGGGCUACCCGGGCCAAGUUCAAAGACCCCGAGAAGAACCUGAAGUUUUGGAAGAGAGAAACAGGCCUCAACAUCCAUAGGGCAUACUGGAAGUACGGCCGUUUAUGGUUUGUCCUGCGGAAUCGCGAGGAAGCCCAGACUGCUGCUUCAGGGAAAAUGUAUACUUUGGAAGGACUGCAAACUUCGUUCGAUUUUCUUGAUCCCAAGUAUGUGCCCAAGCAGUGCUUCAACUGCCAGGACUUCGGUCAUAUGGCAAAGCAAUGCCCCAACGAGGUUCGAUGCGGUCGGUGCUUAGAAGCUCAUAAGACAAGCGAGUACAAGGCCAAGCAAGAUAAAUACAAAUGCUUUUUCUGCGGCGGCGCUCAUCCCAGCUACUGGCUGAGAUGUUGCAGGCACCCUCGGGUUCUGGAUGUACUGCACAGGUGCAGUCUAUGGCGAGGCCGGGCAUCCUGGGAUACCAACGGACAGGAGCCUGAGUCUUCUGGGCGGUCAGUUUCGCCUGGUAUAUCCACUGAGAACGAAAGUCCUCGGUCCAGGUUUGGAAUUCAGGAGCUCCUUCGCGAGAUCCUCUCUGAUCAAGGCGCAGCAACACCCGAUGAACCUCUGCUUUCUCAUGCCCUCGGCAGAGGUGGAGAUAUCUUGUUUCGCCUCGUCGAAGCCUUUGUGCGCGUUGCUGCAGGUAACCUAGGACCUACCCUUCCAACCAACCCCGGUUACCACGCACCUCAACCACGCAGGGCAUCACCUUCACCUUCAGUCCCAUCUAUUCACAGCCGCCUGGGCACGGUCACUGGGGAUCUAUCUCUAGCUAACAGCUCAAGAGCAUCGGCAAGGGUCCUUUACGACUAUGCUAACCGAUCGCCUUCUCGGCAGACUCCAUCGCCUGAUGAAUCUCUGUAUGGAUCUGGCUUGAAUAGCAACGGCGCUUCCCCGGCGAGGCAGGUAUCUGUUGAGCCCCCGUUCUCCUCUUACUCUGAGCUGAGUGACGCGGAUCUCUUUAUGGAUACCUUCGAGGAAGAAGCCCAGCAAGAGGUCUUCGAGCUCUCUGCUGAUUGCCCAGUUGAAUCAAUCUUUGAGCUCUCUGCCGACCAUCCUUUGUAUCCGGAAGGCCACGAGUCUCCAGCCGUCGCACAACAGGCUGAGGAUACCUGUGAUAUGGUGCCGUCGGACUCUGCUCCGGAUGUUUCCCUGGAUGGCCUUCCUGAGCUCAGUCGCGAUAUGAUUGCCGGAAUCAUCUCCAUCCCUUCUACACCUAUCGGUUCAGAGGGCGAAGUCGACUGGGAUUUCAUCCCUGAUACUCCUCCUGGCCUUCUUACUUGUGCUGUCACAGCCGAUGAACCCAAGCUAGCGGAGGAUGAAUGCGAUUCUUCCACAGAGACCUCAGUUGCCCGCAAGCGUCGCCGAUCCUCGUCUACUGCCACAGAUCAGUCGAGUAGCGCAGUGACCUCUCAGGUCUGCCCAGAAGAACCACAGCAGCCGCUCGCUGUACCUCCUUAUUCACCGGAAGUUGGCAGCUCAUCAGCUGUGGUUCCUUGCUCUCUCCCAGACUCGGACGCCGCUUCUCAGCCUCUAGAGGGGCCUCCUCCAACAGAGAGUUUGUCCAUUGGAUCUUUGAGUGUCAGGAAGCGGCGUUGGAGGCCGGAUGAGGACCUUGACAUCCUCGCAUCUCCAAUUAGCGUCAAGAAGCUGAGAGUUGAGGACUCCCUAGUUCAGGACGGUGGUGAAUCGGCUUUGGCGGCGCCGUCCCCAACUAGCCCAACCUCCGGGCCUCUUGCAGUCACCAGCACUGUUGUAUCCGACGAGCCUCUCCCUACCAACAGCGACAGCUCCUUGCUCUUGCAGGCGAAUCCUAGUACACCUACACUCAGAAGGUCUCGCCGUGGCGUUCAGCCUUCGUUCACACCUGGGUCUUCAACGGCGUCUAGUUCUAGCAGGUCUAGCUCUGGGUCAUCGUUCGUCACGGCUGGCUCUAGUCCCAACACUUCAGGUCUGUUGGAAUCUCCCGCCAACCCCAGCCACGAUCCAUCUGACCAGCUUGCUGGAGAUGACAGCAGCCCCGUAGCGGGGACGUCUCAGAGCUCGCUUCAGAUUGCUCCACGCGAAAGCACACGAGUCUUGCGACCUCGGCGAGGACUCACAGAUGACGACGAGAUAGCAGCCCAGCUGGAGAGAGACGCUUCUCAAGCUUCUCCCAGUGACCAAGAGCUGCUGCAGCAUGACAUCGGCCCUGAGUCAGCGGCUGCUUCUGGGGAGGAGGAUGGAUCUGACGAUGAAUAUAGCCCUGGAAGGAAGGCAAAGGCCCGGUCAAAGCGUAAAUCUAAGACUGGUUCAAGAGGGAAAGGCAAGGGUAUUGCAAGAGAGGCACCGGACACUGGCCCUAAACAAACGAAGCUGGACCGGUAUUUCUCUUAG